AUGAUUCGUCGAUUCGAUGCAUUGACUGAAGAGGAUGGAAACAACUUGCAGAUCUUCGUCUCGGAAGAUCUUCCUGAUGAGUCGGUGAGAGUUAAGCUGCUGAACAGCGACAUUUGCUUAGAUUCUUCUUCUGGCAAGGAGCUUGUCCCUUACCCAUGCUAUGCAGAUAAGCAGGAGAACCCCAAUCAAAUCUGGAAAGUGCAGAAGUCGCGCUUGGUAUGGGAGGAUGCCGCCCAGAGUAUUUGCGUUGAUGCGUAUGGCAGUCCCAGCAGCCUGCGUCUUCGCAAGCUGCCGCCCCAGCCUGUUUGGUCCCUUGCUGCAUGCGCCAACAAGCCUGGGCAACGGCUACAGAGGCAAGAUGUGAGACCUGAUGGCACGUUCUGGCUGCGAGAUCCGGAUGCUGGUAAGUGCUUGGCAGCGCGAAAAGUGCCCUCUUUGGAAACGCCGCUGGUUCUGGAACCCUGCACUGAUAGGCAGCGAUUUCGUGAGCUCCGUGAGCGAAAUCAAGUGCAACAUGUCUUAACUGGCUACUGUAUUGAUGCUGGCAACGAUGCGCCGAUCCUGUACCCAUGCCACGAGCCGAAGGCACUGCGUAAACAACGAUUUCAAGUGAAGGACACACCUGGCUGGCUUCAGCUGAUGCGUGGCUGGGAGGACAACGGCCGCAAGCGUUUUUUUGAGCGAUGCCUGGACCGUCAGCCUCAACCGCCCAUGCGAGUCCUGCUGGGCAAGUGUAGCGAGGCUGAGGCCAAGGCUGUGAAGUGGCGCCGAAUCAACUUUCGCGACACCCCCGAGUGGCAGCUUUGGCAGAACGCCCCUGUUCCAGCAAAGCCGCUGGGGGGCGACCUUCCGCCCAAGCCCUGA